AUGAUUGAUUUUAUAUUUCUAUGCAGCGACCGUAUCUCGACUAUGGUGAAGAGUGGUGGUUGUUCCAUGCACGACUUUCGCGAAGUGUUUCGUAUAAACAUCGAGUGCCGAAUCCAAUGUCUUCCUGAUAUUGAAGGUCUAGAUAAGAAAAAUAUCUCCAGUGCUUGGAUGGUGAAAUUUGAUCAGAUUUGUCGUGGAGGUGCUGGCCCUUCAACAGCCAUUCAACGUCUCCAGGUCCAACAACCUGAGGUCAUCAUGUCCAAAGAGCAGCUCUAUGAUAUGUUCCAGAAUGUUUUGGGAAUUAAGAAGUAUGAACAUCAGAUCCUUUUCAAUGCCCUUCAGCUUGACAAUGCCGAUGAACAGGCAGCUCAAGUUCGACGAGAACUCGACGGUCAAUUAGUCACCAUUGAGGAGAUGGCAAGGACCCGAAAUAUUCCACGGCUAGUUAUGAAAUCCAUGGAUACUCUAUACAUUGAAGAACUCCGCAACAUGGUGAACGAGUCGAUGAUUUGUCUUGAAGCAGUUCCAGUCACCAAAGGUGGUGGAGGCUUCCAGAAGUUUAAGAAACAUGGAAGGAACCAAAGCAUGAAUACAAGCCUACGCGAUCACAAUGCAGAAGAGAAUCCCGAGUUGAACCUUUGUAAAGUUGAUACACAAUUGAAUUUUAUUCUCGAGAUCGUCGUGGUUCAAGUGAAGAAUCUCAAGCACCUUCCAGCAACUAAGAUGGUGUACUGCACGAUGGAAGUGGAGGGAGGUGAGCGGCUACAAACAGAUCUUGCUGAAGCAGGCAAAGCUCAGUAA